AGCCGCUGUCAGGCGCCGAGGUGCGGGACAUCUGCCGCGGCCUGCGCGACAACGCGGUGCGCCUGCUGUCGCUGCGCGGCUGUCGCCUGUGCGACCGCGACUUCGGCCGUAUCUGCCGGGCCCUAGCUGGAGCCACGUCCCUGGCGCAGCUCAACCUUAACCUGGGCGUCGUGUCCAGCCCCAGCCGCAUCAAGCAGCUGGCGGAAGCGCUUCGGACCAACCGCUCCAUCCAGUCCCUCUUCCUGCACGGGAGCCCACUGACAGAUGCCGGGCUGGCUUUGCUGAACCCGGCCCUGGCUCUCCACCCUGCUCUUGUGGCUCUUGACCUGGGGGACUGCAUGCUGGGUGAUGAAGCCAUCAACCUCAUCUGUGGCCUCCUCCCUCCAGACGGGGCCAAGUCUGGUUUGAAGGAGCUAACACUGAGUGCCAACCCUGGCAUCACCCCUAAGGGCUGGAGCCGCCUCGCCAUUGCUGUGGCCCACAGUUCCCAAGUCCGAGUCCUCAACCUGGACUACAACCCCCUAGGUGACCAUGUGGCAGGGAUGCUGGCUGUAGCUGUGGCCUAAAGCCGUACCCUAGAAGUCCUAGACUUGGAGGGCACAGGGCUCACAAACCAGUCAGCUCAGACCCUGCUGGACAUGGUAGAAAAUUACCCAACAGCUUUGCGGAGCCUGGUGUUGGCUGAGAACAGCAUUAGCCCAGCGCUGCAGCAGCAAAUCUGUGACCUCCUCUCUGAGGGGGAGGAAGAGGAAGAAGUGGCAGGAGGCGCUGUGGACACCCAGGAAUGGGGAAGAGGGCGGGAGCCUGCUGCCCACCAGAGGGGUGGCAGUUCCUGGAUGUGCUCCAGCGAUCCCAGCUCUCAGAUGGUGCUAAUGACAUCAGGACUAGGGGACAGCCUGUUGGCUGAGACCGAGAUGUGACUCUCCACUUGGGCUUCUGUGCAUCAUAGCAUUUGCCUGUGUCCCCACUACCUUCCUCCACAUGGCAGGGAAAGGUCCUGGCUGGGGCUCUGGCAGCUCCUGAUAGUGGUGGGAGACUCUGGAAGCUGUCACUGGGCAACAGCCUUGGGGGUUGGGGGGACUUGAACCCAAGGUACUGACUUUGAACUUGUUGGCAGCUCUGGCUGCAACCCGCUGGCUCGGAACAGAUUUUAUAAACUCCACAACCUGA